AUGGAGCGUUUAAAAGACAUCAAAGAGAAGCCCGAGUUCCGGAAAGCUAACAAAGAUGGAAAUAGUGUUUUCGAUAUCAAAAUGGCUGCAUCGACGAUCGGGUCUGAGUGGAAGAGUCUCUCGUCGUCGGAGCGCGACCAUUUUGACAAACUGUACGAAAAGCAUGUGACCCAAUACCAGAAAGAUCUUGAGGCAUGGAAAGAAAGCUUAACACCCGAUGACAUACAGCGCCAGAACCAAUUCUUUGCCUACCAGCGGAAGAUAGGCAAGAAGACUGUGCCACGGAAUAUUCCUGUGCCGAAGCAACUCAAGCGGCCUCUCAGUGCCUUCUUCCUAUUCACGCAGCAUUUGCGCGAGACUAGCAAUACAUCCAUGCCUGUGACAGAAUUUGCGCGACAUGCUGGUGCGAAAUGGAAAGCUAUGAGUGCGACAGAAAAGGAACAAUUUGAGGAGAGCGCGCGUGCUUCUAAAGAAGAGUACCAGAGGCGAGUAGAAGAGUUUAAAGCAUCGUUCUAA